UGAGAGAGAAACCUCCAAAUGGGAUCAAUAUUUCAAAUUAUCAUUGUUGUUCUCUUCACGCUUUCCUUCAAAGGCUACGGUCAAUGUGAAAUAAAAGACAUAACCGUUGGAACAGAAAGGACGUCUGAACAAAUACAAGGUAAACAAGAAUGGAAGGUGAGUUUCAUAAACACUUGCAAAUGCUCUCAACAAGCCCUUAUCGUCUCUUGCAACGGUUACCAAACUGUUGAGAAAGUUGAUCCAAGCAUCUUUGCACCUGUGGGGAAUAACAAUUGCAUCGUUAAUGGAGAUUUCCAACGCAUUUGUGAUGGAUUACCAACCGAAUUUUACUUCCAAAAUAUACCGACAGAUUGGCGACGGAAUCUUCUUCGACCAGGUUGAUACUUGUCAUAUUGUACAACUUGAGCAGCAAGAUACGGAGGGUACUAAAGAAGUACAGGCCCAACGUUUACAGGAAUGGCUCGUUCCCAUUUUGAUGAACUGGCAACAGGUUUACCAGGCCGUUUUUGUACCAUUAUAGAUGAUGAUGAUGAUGUUGGCCUCAUUUGAUGCAUGUUCAUGAAUGUUUCAUCCUCAUCAGGCCAUCUAUGGUGCUCUCCUCCUACAUUCUAAGCAUCUAGUAAAAAAAUUGUUUAGGAUCAUAAAUUGGAAUGGAUUCUUCAUUCAUGAAAGCCAAAAUGGAGUUAACAUGCGAUAUUUCUCAUUGAGGCAUUUCAUCGAGCAUGAUCAAUGCAAGUUUGUAGAGUAGGACAAGAAAUUGAGAAAAAUGGAAUUUGGGUUACUGCGUUUGCACCCAAAAUGCCUAAUUUGCGAG